AUGCCUCCAAAGGCUCCUGUGACACCCGGAGAAAAAGCUGCAGCAAAACGGCUGCAGAAGAAGGUUGAAAUGGCAUCCGCACACUCUGCUCAAGCAGCCACCCCUUCCGAAAUUGAAACCUCAGAGAGCGUUGGUAGUAGGGCCAAUACGUUAACACAUCUUGUGUGGAACGGCAACAACACAAUCAAUCUCCUCAGUCAACAACCUCAUAUCCAAGUAAUUCUUCAUGCUGCCAUUCAGCUUGUCGAACGAGAGCUGGUAUUUGAGUGCUACUUUCCACGACCGAAACAUCGCCACACCAUGAUGGUCAACUUAGUACUUGAAGCCGCAUCAUCAGCAGAGCAUAAAGAAGUCUUACAGCGCUUGGAACAAGACCAAGCUUACAUGAAAGCUUUCACCAGAGUGCCAGAUGGGCGUAUUGGGUUGAUUCGCAAGAAACUCAAGGAGAUUUCGGAUCGCGUCGUUCCUGGUGCAUAUGGGGUCAAGACGGGUGAUGACGAGAAGAUCAACCGCCUGCUCAAUCUCCUGACUUUCAUUUACAAGUUUGACACCAAGGGCAAUCCCAUCUUGAGUCAGCCAUUUGACCAUCCCGCUAUCAACACUGUAUGCCAGUUAGCCUUUUUUACGAGUCAGGACCAGGUUGGGAAGAAGUAUAAGGAUCGGUUUGUCUCUGUGCUUGAUGACAACGAUGAACCCGAGAUCCCGAGUGCCAUGGUCUCAGCUGUGGUUACUGCGAUUUUUUCUUCCCUACUUGAUCUGAAGUCCGUUGUUGAUGUAGGUCGCGAGCGUGGUGAUUUCGGGCAAAGUCUCAUCGGCAUGUUUGACAACAAUAUGGAAAUGCUCAACGGAAUCUACACCAAGGGCCCGCAUGUUUACCAUUCUCUCAUGGCUCGAAAAUACAAGGCUGUUAGCAAUGUGGUUGACUUUGCAUCCGCCGAGUUGAAAGCAGCAUUUGCGCGAAUCGAUUUCGAUGGGAUGAGUAUCGACUAGG